AUGAAGUUCUUUGGUACCCUCGCGUUGUUCGCUACUGUGGCCUCCGUCUCUGCAAAGUCUUGCAAGUCUGGUGGUAUCUACUGUGGCCAAUCUCUUUUGAACAGAGGAAACUACCAUAAUCAUAUUGUUGAUGUUCUUCAAGAGAACAACCAGCCCACGGAUGAGGCCCACAUUGACAACAGCCUCUUCGACUGUGGAGGAGGUGGCUCGAUUACCUUGCAGAUGUACUGCGCCAAUGGUUGUGGUGGUGUUGGCAGUACCGAGGAUGAUUACUGCAUUGACAACUAA